UCUCUCUUUUCUCUUGUGUUUUCCAUUUCCCUAUCUCAAGCUGAUCUCCAAAAGCAAUAUUGCCUUGAUGACCAGAGAUCUCCUCUGUUGCAACUGCAGCUGGAUCUUUACUAUGCCCCAAAUUUUACUUUCUCUUCCAAAUUUGAUCUUUGGGAUGUCAACACUGAUUGUUGCUAUUGGGAAGGAGUUACAUGUGAUGCUUCUGGUCAUGUCAUUGGACUUGAUCUUAGUUACAAAAACCUUUCAGGCAGCUUUCACUCCAUUUUCGAUCUCCAUCAUCUUCAACGCCUUAACCUUGCUGGAAACAACUUCAACACCACUCUGCUUUCGUAUGGGUUUGAUAAACUCCAAAAUCUAACUCAUCUCAACCUUUCAAGCUCAUGUUUCCAUGGCCAAAUUCCAGUGGAGAUCUCGUUCUUAACAAGCCACUCAAUUAAGGUCGCUCAGAAUUGGUGGGAAUAAAUUGGAAGGGAAGCUGCCAAGAUCACUAGCCACUUGCUCUAAACUUGAGGUUCUGGAUGUCAGAAACAACAUGAUUCAUGAUACAUUCCCGUUUUGGUUGGCAAAGUUGCCUUCCUUGAAGGUACUCGUUCUACGAGCAAACAGGUUUUAUGGUCCAAUUACAGAAUUUGGUGCUAAAAGUGAUUUUCUAAAGCUACGCAUAUUGGACAUUGCUUCCAAUAAUUUUUCAGGUGACUUGUCCAUUGAAUUUCUGCAAUGUUUGAAGGCAAUGAUGCAGAUGAGUAAUGAUAAAAAAGCUAAGUUGGAGUACAUUGGAGGGGAAUACUAUGAAGACUCUAUUAAAAUUGUCAACAAAGGGAUGGAACUGUUCUAUAAGAAAGUCUUGACCACUCUUACUUGUCUUGACAUUUCCAGAAAUAGUUUCCAUGGAAGAAUACCAGAGGAAAUACAAAUACUCAGUGCACUCAAAGUGCUAAACUUGUCCCAUAAUAGUUUCUCUGGCGAAAUCCCAUCAAGACUUGACAAUCUAAAAGAGCUUGAGUCUUUGGAUCUCUCACUCAACAAGCUCUCGGGGAAGAUUCGUCCACAGCUUACAGGUCUAACUUUCCUGGCAGCAUUGAACUUGUCUUACAACCAACUUGAAGGGAGCAUACCACAAAGCAACCAAUUCAUUACAUUUUCAAACAAUUCUUACAUUGGGAACCCAAAACUAUGUGGGCCGCCAUUGUCAAGGAAAUGCAAUGAAGCUGGUCUUCCAAGGGAAGAAGUAAAAGAUUCAUGGUUAGAUGCAAUGUCUACAUGGCAAAUUGUUUUGACAGGCUAUGGUAGUGGUUUGGUCGCUGGGAUAUGUAUCGGAUUUACAGUGCUGAAUGAGUGGGGAAACAAAUGGGUUCACAAGUUCAAAAACCAUGGGAAAAGAAGAAAAAGAAGAUCUAGGUGA